GAUGAGGAGGACCCGCGAGGAGGUGGACGCGACGCUCCAGAUCGCCAAGCUGAACGCGGCCGAGCUGCUGCCCACCGUGCACUGCCUGGGCUUCGGCCCCGGGGCCAGCGCGGCCGCCGGCGACUUCUGCCUGCUGGAGCUGGAGCCCGCGCUGUGCGAGCAGCUGGAGGCGGGACACAGUCUUGUGAUUCGUGGUGAUAAAGAUGAGCAGGCUGUGCUGUGCAGUAGAGACAAAACCUAUGACUUGAAAAUCGCAGACACUUCCAAUAUGUUGCUUUUUAUUCCUGGUUGUAAAACUCCAGACCAGCUGCAGAUGGAAGAAACGCACUGUAACAUUAUUCACACUGAGAUCUUUGGUUUUUCCAAUAAUUAUUGGGAAGUGAGAAGAUGUAGACCUAAAUUAAAGAAGCUCAAGAAACUUUUGAUGGAAAACGCCUAUGAAGGACCUGAUAGUCAAGAAGAAAAGGAUUCCAGUCACCCAAAAUAUACAACUGAAGAUCUGCUUGAUCGAAUUCAGGCAAGUGAGGAAGAAAUAAUGGCCCAAUUACAAGUUCUAAAUGCCUGUGAGAUUGGAGGUUAUUGGAGGAUUCUUGAAUUUGAUUACGAGAUGAAACUUCUGAAUCACAUCACUCAGCUUGUGGAUUCUGAAUCCUGGCCUUUUAGUAAAGUGCCUUUGAGUAUAUGCCUUCAGGAGCUUGGACCACUGGAGCCAGAGGAAAUGAUUGAACACUGUCUUAAGUGUUAUGGAAAGAAAUACAUAGAGGACGGUGAAGUUUAUUUUGAAUUGAGUGCAGAUAAAAUAUGCAGAGCCACAGCACAAAUGCUACUUCAGAAUGCGGUGAAAUUCAAUCUUGCUGAAUUUCAAGAAGUGUGGCAACAGAGUGUUCCUGAAGGAAUGAUAACUAGGCUUGAUCAGCUUAAGGGUUUAGCCUUGGUGGACAGACACUCAAGACCGGAAAUUAUAUUUUUGCUGAAAGUAGAUGAUUUACCUGAGGAUAAUCAGGAACGUUUUAAUAGUCUGUUCUCUCUAAGGGAGAAGUGGACAGAAGAAGAUAUUGCUCCAUACAUUCAAGAUUUGUGUGGAGAGAAGCAAACCAUUGGUGCAUUACUCACUAAAUAUUCCCGAUCUUCAAUGCAAAAUGGUGUUAAAGUUUAUAACUCAAGGAGACCAAUUUCUUAAGGACAAUAGUCUUUUCUUUGGGACUAAAGUGCUUUGUAAAGUUGCUAGUUGUAAGAGAAAGGUGUUUUGUUUUUUUUUUAAUGUAUUUGUGUUCCAGACUUAAAAACCUAGACCUUUGAGGCAUUUUUCUCCUCAUCUUAAGCAUUUUGAAACUACUGCUCUUCUUUUUUUCUUAAAUGUAAUAGGAUAUCUUGUAUCUUUCAGGUUAUGUUUGUGUUAUGUACACAGUGUAAACAAGGACAAAAAGUUUUAUUUCCUAUUUUAGUAUUUCUCUGUAGUCUAUAUGAUUUUAUUUAUAGAAUAGUUUGGUUUUUUAUAUUUAAAAUUACACUUUAAUUAGGAUUUGACAUUCUAAUCAUUAAUAAAUUCAAAAGUUUUCAGAGAACUGAAUAGUAAGUUUACUAGAAGAAAAUUAUUUAUUCACUUAAAUGUCAUUUCUCAAGUAAGUGAGUUCCCCUUUAGUUUUGACCUUCCACCAAAACAGGAAGUCACAUGAUGCUAUCAGUUAUCUAAAUUAGUUGUUUGUACUGAUGAAAUUGGCUUGACAGUUGCUCCUGUUCACCUGGCUGAUGUACACAUGCACUUUGGGAUGAAAGUUUAUGUACUCCCUUUUUGCUUCUUUGUCUCCCAUUUGUUCCUUAACCCAGUAACAUCUCUUUAACCAAAUGGCAUCUGUCCAUCCUAGUAAAUAUUCUCCAUCUUCCAUGCAAAAUGGUGUUAGUUUAUAAUUCAAGAAGACCCAUGUCAAUACUAAUCCUAUGUGAAGAAUAGUAAUAGAGUAGUUUAUAAUCCUAUAAUAAAGGAUACAGGUAAUACUCACUAGAAAACUGCAAGUGAUUUCUAGCUGGUUUUGGAAUGCUUGAUAAAGCUCCUUUACAUCUUUACAUUCCUUAAUGCAUUUUCGUUUAGACCAAAGUUCAAAUUAAUUUUAACUUAGCUAAUGAACUUGUCACUAGGAUAGUUGGAAGGGAUAAGCAAAGUUAAAUCUGAUCCAAAGUUAAAAGAAAAACAAGUGAAUGGAUAAUACAUAGUUAAUCAAGAUUUAACUGUUAUUGGAAUUUACAACUGUUUUAUUUUCAUGCACAUGAAAUGUGAAUACGAUGGCUUCAAAAUAUUUGGUGUUUCAAUAAAUUUUUCUGCAUCAUUAUA